UCCAGGCCGUCAACGUCAAGGACCCCAAGGGUCUCCAGACCACCGUUGUCGAGGACGCAUAAGCCUAUCGCCACGGCAUGCUGGAUUGAACUUGAUUGUUUUCACAAAAGGGGGCGCUGGUCAAUGGAUUGGGAAUGAACAACUGUUUUACAUUUUUUACUGAGCUGGGAUGCAUCGGUUUACGGCCAUAAACCAUCGAGUCACGAUAUGGCGGGAAAAGCAAAGUACUUUUCUUGUUGCUUCAAAAUACCACAACAAAUCAGGAAAAACAGUUCGACCCUUCCUGCAUAACUUUCCUCUUGUGAAUUUCCAUCUUGUCUUGAAAAGUCUGCAACGAUUCGACUCACGACUUCUUCUUCGUCUAUCUAUAUCCAACAAGUCCCUAUUGUCCAUGUCGCUGGCAUCUCGUUUCCCAAGAAUCUCUGACAUGAAUUGGACAGUUUUAGUGCUCUUUGUAUGCCUUCGGCCGAGUGUUGAUUGUUGCGAGGUCAGAUCGUCCCAGCUCGAUUUCGGAACCGUCGAUAUAACGUUCACACAUAAAGAUCACAGCUGCAUGAUUCAGCAGUACGAGGGGUCUAGAUACCUGGUUAUUGGUAAAUCAGCCGUUGCUAUAUGGCUGGACUCGUCCUUGCGAAAUCACUGAUUCAUGGGUCACCUCUUUUAAGGUGAAUUUUUAGGGUUGGACACAACGUCUACUGGUCGAUGACAAUUCUCCGAAUUGUUGGUUUUUUGAAUCAGAAAAGAUGAAUCAUCCUAACCUAUCUUUGAGAUCUGUUUGCUGAAAAGACAAGUUGCUGCAACUUGCACGUUUGAUGCAGGCUACCCACCCUCUGCUCAUAACGAUUCCACCAACGACUCCCGCGGCUUGGCGGUGAGACACUUACAUGCCUCGCUGCUCCAU